AUUCUCUCCAAUGGACCUAUUUACUCUGCAACAAGAAGACCUGGAACGAGGUCUUGUUUACCUAGGAAAGGACCCUCUAUCAGCAGAACAAGCAUCUUCUAUAUGGAAAACCUUGGUAAAGGGAUAUGGAGAUGUGAACGAAAUACCUGACAGAUGUCUACAGCAGCUGGGAUGGGUUGCUUCAGGAAUUCCACCAGAGGAUAUGAGCAACCUCACACUGAACGAGAUCGACACAAUUGCAGCACUGGGGCAGUUCCAUAACCUCUCAAUGCCACAACUCACUGCCCUGGCAGAACAAGUCCACAACAGUUGGGCAGCGAAGGAGCCUGAAGACUACACAUUCUACGAUCUGGCAGCAUUACAACAAAUACUAUGCGGCUUCAACCGCACCGUAAUCGAGAGGAUACAUCCUAGUGCAUACAGUGAAGCUUCCAAAACACUGGGACGACUGAAGUCCUGCCCUUUGGAGGUAUUGCAAGGACUGGCUACUUUAGCUACUGACAGUGCAGCCUUUGGAAACACAGAUCUUUGGACACCAUCACAGGUAAAUGCCAUAGGCUGCGUACUGGGAGGGCUAGACGCACUUUCCAUUGCUUCUAUUCCUGCCAAGUCACUUGAACAACUGACACCUGACGCUGCUCUCUGUAUGCCAUCACAUCUUAUCAAGGCUAUGUCAGCAACACAGAGAGAGAGACUACCUUCAACUACUACCAACUACUUCAGCAGAGAACAAUGGACAGCGUUAAAUUCAUAUGUGCAGGCAACUCAUUGUAAUACCAACAGCUCUAAACUAGACUGCAACAGCUCCCACAGUCAAGCCCGGCCAGCAGAAAUCCUAAUCAUCAUGACUCUACUGAGAACUGCAGCUCUAGUAGUUUCAAAAUUCUAACAGAAUCUGUUCAUUAAUGACAUUUGAUAUCAAAGAGAGUGUAUUAAGAUAUUUAGGCUAGUAUAUUAACAAUUUUAGUUUCUAUUUUUAAACUAUGGCUCUUAAAU